AUCUCAAGCGGCCGGACGCGCAGGCGCCCGGGCACCGGAAGCCGGGAGAAGCCCAAAGGAAAGGAGGAAACUCCGAGCCAGGGUGACCCGUGGGCGUCCUCACCGAGCUCCUGGCCACGCCGGCGGUAUAGCUUGGAACGCUAGACUAGGGAAUGCCCAGCAACAGGAAUUAUUUUAUAUAGAAGUCUUGUUCAUAGAAGUCUGUUGCACAAAUAGAGAGAUGAUUAUACAAAGAGUGGUACUGAAUUCCCGACCUGGGAAAAAUGGAAAUCCAGUGGCAGAGAAUUUCAGGACGGAAGAAGUCAGUUUACCGGAUACCAUCAAGGAAGGACAGGUUCGAGUGAGAACUCUGUAUCUCUCUGUGGAUCCUUACAUGCGUUGUAAGAUGAAUGAAGAGACUGGCACUGAUUAUUUAGCACCAUGGCAGCUGUCUCAGGUGGCUGAUGGCGGAGGUGUUGGAAUUAUAGAAGAGAGCAAACAUACACAUUUGGCUAAAGGCGAUUUUGUGACUUCUUUUAGUUGGCCCUGGCAAACUAAGGCAAUUCUAGACGGGAACGGCCUUGAACAGGUAGACCCACAACUUGUGGAUGGACAUCUUUCCUAUUUUCUUGGAGCUAUAGGUAUGCCGGGCUUGACUUCCUUGAUUGGAGUACAGGAAAAAGGUCACAUUUCUGCUGGAUCUAAUCAGACAAUGGUUGUCAGUGGAGCAGCGGGUGCCUGUGGAUCUUUGGCUGGGCAGAUUGGCCACCUGCUUGGCUGUUCCAGAGUGGUGGGAAUUUGUGGAACCCAUGAGAAAUGCCACUUUUUGACUUCAGAACUGGGGUUUGAUGCUGCAGUUAAUUAUAAAAAAGGGCAUGUGGCAGAACAGCUGCAGGAAUCCUGCCCAGCUGGAGUGGAUGUUUACUUUGACAAUGUUGGAGGUGACAUCAGCGAUACAGUGAUAAGUCAGAUGAAUCAGAACAGCCACAUCAUUUUGUGUGGUCAGAUUUCUCAGUACAAUAAAGAUGUGCCUUAUCCUCCUCCACUGUCCCCUGCUGUAGAAGCAAUCCAGAAGGAGAGAAACAUCACAAGAGAGAGAUUUAUGGUAUUAAACUACAAAGAUAAAUUUGAGCCUGGAAUUCUUCAGCUGAGUCAGUGGUUUAAAGAAGGAAAGCUAAAGAUCAAGGAGACUGUGAUAAAUGGACUGGAAAACAUGGGAGUUGCAUUCCAGUCCAUGAUGACCGGUGGCAACAUAGGGAAGCAGAUCGUCUGCAUUUCAGAAGAUUCUUCUCUGUAGCCUCCAUGUAUCUCCAUCAAGGAAGAUUCUUCACAAAAAGAUUCUUAAGACAUGUCUAAAAAAUAACCUUACAGUACUGAUUAGUUCUUGAGUUAAAUGUGAUCAUAAUAUUUUCUUAUUUGCAUAACCUCUUUAUCUUC